UUGUUGACCUCUUUCAUGCAAACUUAACAUCCCCCAUUACACGAUCCUGUAAACCCUAAAAUCGAAAUCCAAGUCCAAAAAUGUCGGACAACAUUCCGUUCGAACUCCAAGCGGAAAUCAUCAAACGGAUUCUUCCUGUCAAAUCUUUGCUUCGGUUCAGAUCAGUUUCAAAGCAAUGGAAGUCACUGAUCGAUAGCUCUGAAUUCAUCACUCAUCACGCACUCAACAACAAGACUCAGCCGCAACAUCUACUGGUAAGGUACAUAACAGGAGGUACUGAGGACAAAUAUGUUUCCAUUGUUGAUGAUGAUAACUUCCCCCACCACAAGUUUUCUCCUGUUGUUCCUCCAACUGUUAAACUUCAUCCGCUUCCGUUUAUGCUCGAUUGCUCUCACGGAUUGGUGUGUUUGCACGGAUGGACUCGGGAUCGAGUGAACAGAAAGAAACUGGUUGUUGUUUGGAAUCCACUAAUUGGGAAAUCUGUCGGUAUAGAGAUACCGGAUCCGGAUCGAGCCUAUAUUGUUAUUGGUUUUGGGGUGUGUCCUAAAACUAGCGACCCUAAGAUCAUCAAGCUUUCACGUUUUUUCGAUAGCAAGGCCGAGGCUAAGGCUGAGGUUUUCAGAUUAAGCUCUGGGGCUUGGAGAAGUGUACCGAUGAAUAUUCCGUUUAAAUCAUUGCACUUCCAGAAUUCACAGGUGGUUAUCGAUGGGGUUAUUCAUUGGCUUACUUAUGAUAAAAUUACAUAUAAACUUAGGUUGUAUUCAUUUGAUUUGGCAAGUGAAAAAUUUGGUGAAGCUGUAGACUUUCCUCAUAACUUAGCAGGAGGCUCUGGAAGGAAGUACGGUAUAUCUAAGAUCAACGAUUCUCUUGUUGUGCUUAGUCAUCACUGGGUUGUUACUAAUUUAACACCGAAACCAUUCUGUGACGUAUGGAUGAUGUUGAAAAAUGGUGUUUCAAAACCCUCCUUUACAAAACUAUUCACUGUUAACGACGUUGAGGUUGAUAGCAUGAUUGGAUUUAGGAAGAAUGGCCAACCGAUAGUGGAUCGGACGAAGACAGGUGGAUAUGAUGUUGAACUAGAAGUUUAUGAACUCUACUCGGAACGCAUCAACGGUCUUGGGAUUUAUGGGUCGGCCUUUAUGAUGACCUCCUACAAAGAGUCACUACUUUUGCUUAAUCAUUCUGAUUCUAUCAUUCACUCAUAGAUGAUUAAUCUACUUUUUAAAUCCUAUUUUUCUUAUUUUUGUA